AUGGCCGCAGGCAAAUCAAGGCUAGGAGCGUGGUACGCUAGGCUGGCUGCCUUCAACGUGGAGACCCUCUUCGUUCGGAAGCGGCCCCCAGGUCCGCCAAGGAUCGUCUUCGUCAACGAGCACCUCCCCAGCGACUAUUACGACCACAAAGGCCGUGUCAAGCCAGAACACAUCUACGUUACGAACCAAGUCAUUACUUCCAAGUACACGAUCAUCACAUUUCUUCCCAGAAACCUGCUGGAGCAAUUUAGGAGAGUGGCCAACGUCUUCUUCCUUGCGAUCGCUAUUCUACAGUUCUUCAACAAAUUCUCCACAAUUUCCCCUGGUCUUGUCAUUCUGCCACUGCUUAUCGUUAUUGCUAUCACCGCCUUGAAGGAUGGCUAUGAGGACGUCAAGCGCCAUCAGUCUGAUAAGCGGGUUAACCAGUCAAAGGUGCGCGCUCUACGCGGCGGCGAGUGGGUCAACCAGAACACUAUGUCCGCCAAGUCCAAAACCUUUGUUCGCGGUAUGGUCCCGAAUGGUGGUUUCAGGAUCCCCCGAUCUGUGACUCUCUUGGGCGGCAAAAACAAGGUGCUAUUGGACCCCCCCGCCCCCGCACAGCCCGAGCCUCUCCAUGAUGUCGAGUUUGAUGAACCACAUCACCCAUCUAAUGGCGACCAUCACCAUCAUUUGCAUCUGGGCAUACUGGGAGAAGAAGAACCGAAACAACCGCACUGGAAGAAGACGAUGUGGGAGGACGUUAGGGUCGGAGAUUACGUCAAAAUCAUGAACAAUGAACCUAUCCCGGCCGACGUUCUGAUAUGUAGCACGUCCGAAGACGAGAAUGUUGCCUUCGUAGAGACGAAGAAUUUGGACGGCGAGACGAAUCUAAAAUCCCGCAACGCGAUAUCGGCUCUCACUCACCUGCGCACGGCCGCGGAGUGUGCCAACAAGUUGAACUCCUUCAGGAUCGACUGCGACAGGCCCGAAGUGAACAUGUACAGGAUGAACGCCGCGGUUAAACUGCAAGAUGAUGUAUAUGCAGUCGACAUGCAGAACGUCCUUCUGCGCGGUACUGUCCUUCGUAAUACCGGGUGGGUUAUCGGCAUUGUUCUAUUCACCGGGCUCGACAGCAAGAUCGUCCUUAAUUCUGGUGGAACUCCCAGUAAACGGAGUAAGGUUGAACGGCAAAUGAACCCCCAAGUUUUCCUCAAUCUGCUCCUACUGGCUUUGAUGGCCAUAGCCUGUGCUAUCGUCGAUUCGAUCUUGGAACAUUAUUACUAUCGACGUGAUGCGCCGUGGAUGUAUGGUGCUGAUAGACCUGAUGACAACCCCUCAAUCAACGGCCUGGUUACUUGGGCCUUUGCUUUGAUUACUUUUCAAAACAUCAUUCCCAUCUCGUUGUAUAUAUCCAUCGAGUUCGUCCGAACUAUUCAAGCCGCGUUUAUCUAUUUCGACAAACAAAUAUGGUAUGAAAAGACAGACCAAGCGACUUUGGCUCGUAGUUGGAAUCUAGCAGACGACCUUGGGCAAAUUCAGUACAUCUUCUCUGACAAGACGGGAACGUUGACUCAGAAUUCCAUGGUUUUCCGAAUGUGUUCGAUUGGAGGCAAAGCGUACAGGGGUGAUCCUCGCCUAACAGAGGAAGAUGAGGAAGACGAUAUCGUUCUGGAAAAGGAUAUUCCGAAAGUCCGCAGCAAGACUGACAUCCGUCUCUCAGCUGCCCAAGAAUCAACAUCAUCUGCUUCUGCGCAAGAACUUGCCACACCUAAUCCCCAGUCUGCGCCAGGUGUCAAAUUGGCAGAAGGGGUAUUGUUACACUUCAGCGAUGCGACCCUCUCACAGGACUUGGAAGAAUCCUUGCAUGCUGCCCCAGGAUCGGAGAACUCGUUACACGCUCGCGCCCUCAAUGGCUUUUUCAAUGUUCUAGCUUUGUGCCACUCUGUGCUUACUACGGUCGACCCAGAAACAGGAGCCAUAGAGUACAAGGCACAAUCUCCGGACGAGGCAGCACUUGUACAGGCAGCUGCUGAUGUUGGAUAUAUCUUCCGAGGCCGCGACAAGGAAAUCCUCAGCCUCCAAACUCCAUUUUCGGACGAACUAGACCGUUACGAACUCCUCAACAUCUUGGAGUUCACGAGUUAUCGCAAGCGUAUGAGUGUCGUACUGCGCAAACUGGACGACGAAGACGGCCGCAUCUUCUUAUUGAGCAAGGGUGCCGACAACGUUAUCUUCGAACGGCUAAAGGCAGGAUCGGAUGAGCUCAAAGCAGAAACAGAGCGACACCUAGACGAGUUUGCUGGCGAAGGUUUGCGUACGCUCACCCUUGCGUAUAAAGUUGUCAACGAGGACGAAUACGAAGCUUGGGCAGAGCGAUAUCACGAAGCAUCCGUGUCCCUUGAGGACCGAGAGGAGAAGAUUGAACGUAUAUCGGACGAACUUGAACAGGAUCUCCGCCUGCUGGGUGCCACGGCCAUUGAAGAUCGUCUUCAGGAUGGCGUCCCUGAAGCCAUCGCUGACCUCAAGAGAGCUGGUAUCAAGAUCUGGGUUGCUACUGGAGACAAGCUCGAGACCGCUAUCGCCAUUGGACAUAGCACGAACUUGAUUGGCAAGGACUCUAACAUUAUCGUCAUUCGAGGUGGUCAUCGCCCCGUUAUGGAACAAAUGGUUGGUGCUGUUGAACAGUUUUUCCCGGAGAGCGGCCUUUUGGACGACGAAGGUGUGAUUACAGACGUUCCUCCGCGAACGUCGACGUCUUCCGCGAGCGAACGCCCUCAACAACAUCACCCUCUCGCUCGAAUCAACACUGGUGUAUCUUCCAUCGUAGGGCAUGACAAUGGUGAACGGCCUGGUGGUUUCGUCCUUGUCAUCGAUGGUCCUGCCUUGACCGAGGCCUUCUCGGAUGAAAUUCACAAAAGAUUGCUCCUACGCCUUGGAAUCCAAUGCGAAGGUGUUAUAUGCUGUCGUGUUUCGCCACUACAGAAGGCCUUGGUCGUCAAGUUGGUCAAGGAUGGCAUAGGUGCCAUGACUCUGGCGAUAGGCGAUGGCGCUAACGAUGUUAGCAUGAUUCAGGCUGCUGACGUUGGGGUUGGUAUCUCUGGUGAAGAGGGUCUUCAAGCCGUCAACUCUUCCGAUUACGCGAUUGGCCAAUUCCGUUUCUUGAAGAGGUUGUUACUUGUCCAUGGUCAUUGGUCUUACGCUCGCAACGGAAACAUGAUCCUCAAUUUCUUCUACAAGAAUAUUGUAUGCAUAGGGGUACUCUGGUGGUUCCAAAUUUACGAUUCCUGGAGUUCGAAUUAUGUCAUGGAAUAUACAUACCUCUUGUUUUGGAAUUCAUUCUGGACCAUCGCACCAGUCAUCGCUAUUGGUCUAUUCGACAGGUUGGCUGAUGAUCGAGAGUUGAUGGCUUUCCCUGAGUUGUAUCGUUUCGGGCGAGAGGGAACAUGGUUCAGCUUCAAAUCCUUUUGCAUCUUCAUGCUGGACGGUAUCUACCAGUCUGCGAUCAUAUUCUUCUUAAUCCUUUACGCCUACAUGUCCCCAACCUCUAGAACAGAUGGGUAUGACAGCUAUCUUUACGAAUUUUCUACCACGAUGGUCUUCGCCGCGGUGUUUACUGCCAACUGUUUCAACGGCUUGAACACAAAUGUCUGGACGGGCUGGGUCUUUUUCGCCGUUCUCCUUGGUGUCGUUCUUCUUUGGGCUUACACAGCAAUCUAUUCUCUCAUUUCUCCUGGAUGGUUUUCAACCCCAGUUUUCGGCAACGACGAAUUCCUUUUCCCGUCUGCCUACUUUUGGUUGUGCCUCCCCCUUACGAUCUUCCUUUCCCUUCUUCCCCGAUAUCUCUACAAGGCCUACAUGUUUGGCUACGCUCCGAACGACAUCGACAUACUGCGUUAUAUCCGCAAGCAUCAUCCCCACAUCGAUCUCGCUACCCAAGGUCGUAUGCCGUCAGGCCUCCAUCAUAUGAAGCGUCCAGCAUCCGUUGUGUCAAGACGAACAUCAAGAACAGAAAGCGUCAUGUCAAUACCGAUGGAACUUAUUCGACCGUCUAUGGAUGCUCGCAGCGCAAGCAGAACAGACAUGGCGACUGGCAUUACCUCCGUACACAGGGGCUUCGACUUCGCAACUGAAGAGAAUGGAGUCGCGAUGAGAAGGAUGCAGAGUAAUUUGUCGGAGAGAAGAACGAGUAGCCGACAAUUGGCUAGCGCGCGUGGUGGACAGAGACACCCCACAAGAAGAGAGACGCUGUCGCAUGUAUUCUCCAUACGACGCGGGCCCUUCAAGCGCAAACCUCCGUCGCCGAAGAAGACAGAGUAA